AUGACGAUCUGUAACCAUCAACCCUCGCUGACAUCUGUGGUAGGCCAUGGGGUCCAACGCGUGGGCAUGGCGAACGCAUGGGUUGAUAGCUUUCCCCGCACCGCCGGCAGGGUCUUGGAUGAAAUGGAUACGAUUCUGGGAUUUAAACUGUCGAAUAUCAUCGCCGACGGCCCUAACUCAAAACUGAACAGAACCGAGAAUUCACAGCCCGCCGUCAUGGCAAUCUCGGUCCUAAUUCUUCGCAUUUUGGAGCAUGAGUUUGGAUUCGACAUCAAAUCCCGGGUCGAUGUCACUCUGGGACACAGUCUCGGGGAGUUUUCUGCGUUGGUCGCCGGAGGCUAUCUCCGUUUUGGCGAAGCACUUGGACUAGUUCGACGCCGGGCCGAGGUGAUGGCUCAUUGUACGCGCCAUAUUGCGGAGAAGUUUGGUGAAAGCUACGGGAUGGUGGCGUUGAUCUGCGAACCCGCUCACCUGGAAGGUUUACUGGGGACGGUACAUGAAUUUCUCGGACUGCGAGCGCCCGGCCUGGACGAUGCAAGCCACACAAUGCCUCCUAUUCAACAGGUGAUGGUGGCAAAUAUCAACUCUAAGAACCAAAUUGUGCUCAGUGGCAGUCUUGAAAGGAUCAAAACUCUUCUUGUGCAGCUUCGCCAGUUUGGGGGACACGAUCCGCGUGCUGUCCGCUUGAAAAGCGACAGCCCUUUCCAUAGCUCGGUCAUGGCGCCCGCUACCGGUUACAUGAGAAACGCAAUCGAGAAUGUGAAUAUCACCUUCCCGGCAUCAAUGCCGUGCAUAUCAAACGUUUCGGCGUUACCAUUUCAGUCCAAAGAAGACCUCAAGAAUCUGCUCUCAAGGCAAUGCAUUGAUACUGUGAGAUGGUGGGAUAGCAUUCGCUAUCUUCAUCAAGAACGAGGCGUGAGACGUUGGAUUGGCAUUGGCCCCGGGAAAGUUGGCAGAAACUUGGUUGGGAAGGAGGUUGGGAGGGUCAACACCAAGGGAGGCGGCGUGUGGGCUGUUUGUGACCCUCGUGAGAUGCAAGACAUCAUGGUUGCUCUGGAGAAGACCGAGGAGGAAUCUAUCGAUGGCUCCUAG